AUGAAAAUUACGAACAAACUACUUAAGCCAUUUUUUCUUAUCGUUGUCUUGCUUCUUUUGUAUAUAUAUAUGAAACCAAGACAAAAAAAAUUUGAUCUAGAUGAAGAUCUGUAAUUUUUCUUUUAAUUUUAGACAACCUACUCUCUCUUAAGGAAAAGGAAUCACUCGAGAACAUGCCAUCCAUUUUUAUGAAGUCUUCCUCAAUAUAUUAUUGAAUAAACAUAAUAAAUUUGCUGAACAUGCUGAAAAUGUUUAUUUGAUCAAUUAUUUAAUAAGAAACGAUGUAAAAUGGAGGGUCACUGAAACCAUGCUGUUUUAACUAUUUGAUGUUACAGGUAACUAAUAAAAAUUAUGAAGGUAAUAACUACAUAAGUAAGAGUGAAUAUGAAUCAUUUGCUGAUAUGAUUGAUGAUGUAGGUGAUAGAUAGAAAUUAGAUUCUUUAAGAAUGUUAAUUGAUAGAAAUAUUGAUACAAAAAUUAUGAGAACUGAAUGGAUUAACUUUUGUAAUAAAGUUUUAAGACCUAAAAUGAUUUAAGACUUAUAGGAAUGGGAAAAGUUUCAUGGGGCAUUAUCAAAUCCUUAUAAUAUCACUGCUCAAUUUACAGCUAUUAAUAGGGAUGAAAGAAAUCAUAGAGAUUUGAUUCAUUUACAGUUGGAUAGAGGAUUAUAAAUGUUACAUGAUGGAUUCAAGACAUUUGUAAAACACUAUGAAGAAUAGAUAAAACAUACAAAGAAUGAUAAAGAUUUAUUUGUUAGAAAAAUAGGAUUUUGGAUACUUGAAAGAUUUGAGAGAUGGGAUGGAUUAUUUAAUUGGAUUUAUUAAUUAUUAGAUGAUAAUGGUGAUGGAUAAUUAACACCAAAAGAAUGUGCUGCAUAAUUGAAUACAUUUGCAGUGUCAAUGGUACAUGUAAGAGAGAUUUUUGAAUAUAUGGAUGAAGAUGGAGAUGGUAUUUUAUUAAGAAAAGAAUGGGCUGAUUUUAGUGAAACAUUUAGAAAACUAUUAUCAGGUUAUUUUAAUUAAAAAUGAGUU